GUGGAGAGGGGUGUAGGCUUACAGACCAGUGUCACAGUGCCAGACCUGCAGCCUCACACUCAGUAUGAGGUCCGGCUUCAAGCCUGUCUGCGGAACGUGCUUAACGGAUGUGGUACCAGCAGUGGGGUUCUGGUCACCACAGAUGAGGACAUACCGCUUGGUUUGAUGCCACCCACACUGACCGCUGUGGCUUCAGAUGCUGUCCACAUUGCCUGGAAACCACCCACACAAGCCAAUGGUGUGAUCACAAGGUACAGAAUCUACCAGCAGCAGCAAGAUAUUGCCAACUCAGAGAUUCUGAUCAAUCAGGUCACAGGAAGUGUGCUAGAAUUCUUGCACUCGGGCCAGGAUCUCAGGCCAUUUCAGGUUUAUGAAUAUAGGGUUGUUGCAGUAAAUUCCAAGGGGGAGGUCACUAGUAACUACUCAUCUGUGAGGACUUUGGAGUCUGUCCCUGCAGGAUUCUCUGCCCCUGGGGUCAACAAUGUCAGCACUUAUGGUGUGGCAGUGGGCUGGGCACCUCCCGUCAGCCCUAAUGGAAUCAUCACAGAGUACAGGAUCCUGUACCAGGGGAAUGCUGCUGGCUCUUCUGCAAUACAGCAGUCAGUCAGUGUACCAGGGAAUCGAACCAACACCUCUCUCAGUGGCCUGGAGGCUUACUCCACCUAUACUCUGUACAUGGAAGCAGCAAAUGGAGCAGGAAGUGUGCAGUCUCCCUCAGUCACCUUCACUACUAGGGAGGGCUACCCAUCAGGACUGUCAGACUUUGCUGUGGAGAAAGUCAACACAGGAACAUCUGUGAUUCUCAGCUGGGAUGCCCCUAAAAAACCCAAUGGAGUUAUAACCACAUACAGAGUUUAUCAGUCGCCAUACUCUGUUGCCAUUUACAGCGGCACUGCCCGUAGCUUUGAGUUUCGUCGACUAUCCCCGUACACAGAAUACUUGGUAAAGCUGGAAGCUUGUACAAGAGUAGGCUGUACACUCGGCAAGGAGCAGUCUUUUUACACAGCAGAAAUAGCCCCGUCUUCACAGCCAAGUCCUACGUUUGGCACUGUUAAU